AUGGGAAAAGGAGUUGGGAUAUAUAUGCUGGUCCGAAGGGUGUUUCUCUCUUUGGUAUCUUACACACUAAUACCCCCUGGUUCCUUGGAUGUUUUGGCUUUGAAACUUGCUCCCUCCAUGUGUUGGAACCUCCCAGCAGCUCUGUUCAAAGAUCCUGCAGACCUUCUCUACGUGGCUUCUAUUUUUCCAGCAAAGGGCUGA